CUUAUGGCGGCAGGUUUGCUUUCUUCAGACUUCAGUGUAAACAAGUAUAUUUAUAUUUCUCCUCAUCACGAGAAGGUACUCGCUGAUCAGAGUUCACUUGUGAUAUCUCGCAAGUGUUUGAGUGAUGAAACAACCCAAUCUUCUUCUGUACUAGUACUACAAGGAUGGACGUUUAUUCGGAGGCUACAAACGACCUACCUUGGACUUAGUUUACCAUUAGUUAUUGAUCGAGCUUAGGCUUGAUCAUUAUCACUCUUGUAAAUUUUCUUUAAACUAUUUCUUUACACAGUAGGUAAAAGGAAAUUGGAGGAGGGAUAAGCAAGCAAUAGAAAGAUAGGGACAGAAAAGACAAAUAGAGUUGCGAGACGGAUGACACCACAGCAAUUUCUACCCCCCUCCCCCCAACUCCUUUGAAGCAUCAUGAGCCUGCUGCCAAACAUGACCAGUCAACACGCCAGUCUAGGGAAGGGAUAUCAAGAGCAGAAGUAUUUCACUAUUUUGCUAUGCUGAUGUUGCACACGUAAAGAACAAACUUCCAAUGAAUAUUUCUUGGUAUAACAAAGGACUUUCUAAACCAAAAAAAUUCACAUUCAUAAAAGACAACUAGGCAUGCAAAGACAUUCAAACAUAUCAAAUGUCAAGUGCAGAAGAGACAUCCGAUAGGACAUUUUACCCACCUAAAUUGUGGGGUCUGAGUUCUCUGUUCAAUGUAUUCAACAAGCUGUACAUCAGAGACAUCAUUAGGCUGAAGCCUUACCCAGGAUUUCCAGGUGCAUUUGCUUAUGGAAAUCAUCCGGUCUUCAAGGUGGAUGUUGUAGGUAUUGUGGUCAAGGCAGAGGAAAAAGAUAAAAUAUUUAUUUAUGCUGUUGAUGAUGGAACGGGUGUUGUCAGUGCCCUUUGCUGGAAGAGACCAUUCUCUUGGAGUGGCCAUGUUGCCACACCUGGUCUGCCUACCGAACUCCAGUCACGGCUCACCAGGUGGCAGCAAGAAAUAGAGGUUGCCUCUGGUUACCAGCUUGGACACCUGAUUCACGUCCGGGGCAAGCUAAAAGUCUAUCGCGGCAUGAUGGAGAUUGUUGCUUCUUACCAUCGAAAAAUAGAGAAUCCAUCUGAGCAAGUGGCUCGGAUGAUGGAAUUGCCAACCCUGUACCGCCAGUGUUACAACAAGCCCUUUAUCUUGCCCUGCAAACUAGCUCAAGAACUGCAAAACAGCAAGACCACCAAAGAAAGUGGGCAGGGCAAUCAGGCUAUCAACAUGGUUGAACUGACUGGCAAAAUUAAGCUGCUGCUUAAACAUGGUUUUCUGUCAGAAUUUUCCUUUGGAGAUUUGCUUGAGCAGCUGGAGAACUCUGACUCUGAGGCAAAAGUGGGUCCGGCUGUCGUGCGCCAGGCGCUGUGCAUGCUGGAAGACACCGGCAUGGUGUGCUGCAGACGGGACUGUGGCGCCAUCUACGAGAAUCUGACCAGCAGCUGUCACCUCGAUCGUGCUGUGCUGUCUAUACUCAAGACAGAGUGCUGCAAGUCAAAAUACAAGGAGCGGGGCUGUCACUAUCUACGCGUGUUAGACGAGCUCCGCAAGACAGUGCAGUAUUCGGGGAUUAACGAGAGAGCUGUCCUUGCGGUGCUGGACAGACUGGAGACCGACAGUGACGUCAUGCGGACGGCCGACAAAAGCUACCUCCCUGUCAUUGUCUAAGCCAGCUGGCGUGCUUGAAAGAAAUUCAUUUUAGUACACACACACUUGAAUGGAGGAAGGCAUUGUUGUGUGGUACCUAGCACCCAUCUACACAUUUAGGAUAGCUAAAUGGUUGUUUAUUUGACUCAAGCAGCAGUCAGUUCCCGACACUGUUUGAUGUUUGUGGAGUAACGGGAUAGAAGACAGCUUGCUGGUGACACGAAAGCUGUCUCAAAAUGGUAAUCAUGCUGCUUUAUUUUGUUAAUUUCAGUUUGCUUGCCUAUAAUAAAUAUGAAAAUCUUA